AACGAUCUUGCUGACGCCCCUCGCCCCCCUGUUCAACAGAAAGCACCACACUGAUAUGCUCUAAAUACAUUUCAUUAUCAUCAUUAUGAUUAUAUCACUAAUUGUGUGUAUUCGGUAAUGUGCUGCAGCAGCGGCCGCCCCCUGGGAGCCGUCUGAGAGACUGAAUGAUUAAAAUGUGUACAAUGAACCAUGCAUCAAACGUCCCGGUGGGCCAACCUCCCUCUCACUCCCUAAGUCUGAAUACAACGGCGUGCGGAAAAUAAAACGCCUCCUCUGACUACUGUAGUGAACAAACAGCUCCGUUGUGCAGACGUGGUCUGCUGAGAGGCCACUGAGCUGCGGGAGAGAAACACACACAGCAGCUGGAGUCAGGGGGCGGGAGGGGCAUUUCACAAGACGAAGUAAGUCAAAUCAGAAAACUGGAUCUGUGAUAAUAACAAGUAGCUGCAGAAAAGUAUGCUUAUGUCAAAUCAUGAAGUGAAGUGCAGAAAAUAUACUCACAAGCACGUUUUCAGCACAGGUAGUAAAAGCCGAAAGAACAGACAGUAGACCAGGAACUAUGUGGAUUCACACCUCAAAUCUAGUCCAAGAAACUACAGACUCCGCCUGAAACUGGGCCUUACUCCCUAAACAACUAAGGGCUCACCAGGAACUACGGGGAGUUCCUUCAGAUCGUUACUCUCCCUGUAAGAAUGUAAUUCAAUUCCACUGUAAAUUCAAUGAGAAACUCCUCACUGGAUAUGACAGCAUGUAAAAGUUGCCUCUCCUGACUGUGGUGCUGAACAAACAGCUCAGAUGUGUGGACGUGGUCUGCAGAGAGACAGAGAAGCUGCAGGCAACAACAGGACAAAGAAGCUGGAUGUUAGAGAUACAGGAGGUUGACCUGAGCUGACCUCGUACAUAUCCAUAAACCCCUCACUCCAUCUCGGUAUAUACAGAGUGCACACCUACAGACAGGCCUUAAUAAUUCCACUGCUGCUCUGUGUGAGUCCAGCAGAGGCUGAGGUCUGGACCUCUCUGCUCCUGAACGCUCCUCCACUUCUAUCCUUCAUUCCAUUUCCACCUCUGACAGGAGAGAAGGAAGUUUUCAGUGACAGCACUGAUAAAUGUUUAAUCCAACAUUCAUGCAUCCCGCUGCCUGAGGAUCCACUGUGACUACACACACACACACACACACACAGAGCAGGUGUGUGAAAUAUUCAUCUCCGACACGCUUCAUUAAGAAUGAAACACACCCUCGUCUUUGUCGUCUCUGUUUCAUUUAUUCAUUUCGAUUAUGGAAACAAAAGACGGGGAAGGGAAGAGGAAAAGAUUAAAAAACAUGGCAGUGCUGAGAUUCUGUGAUUGUCACACAGAUUUGUAGCAAUUUGUUUUGUGACAAACGUCUCUGUGUGUUGAAAUCCCACCGUCGUCAUCAUCAUCAUCAUCAUCAUCAUCAUCAUCCCCUCAGCUUUUAUUGCUACAGCUGCUUUAAUCACUGUCUGCUCUGCAGUAGUUUGAGCUUUGACUCCUCCAGGAGUGUGUGCUGACAUUUAACACCCUGAUAAAUAUCUGAGCUGUGAUCAAGCCACUUUUCAUUUUUCUGUUUAGUUAAUGAAAGGAUAAAUGAUGGUGAAGGAACAACAGCAGCAGGACAGGAAUGACAAAUGGACUCUCACUAUCUGGACUGGUUUUUUAAACAGGGGUUCUAGAAAUGUUUGAUGUUCCAUCAACGCCGUUUGAUCGAUUGCUGAUUUUAAAAAUUGCAUUUUUUAAAUUCAAAAUGUCACCAAAACAAGUCUGACUCAAAUCAAAGGAGUGAAUUUAGUAUGAUGAGAUAUGAGUGUAGUUUAAAGAUUUUUAAAGACAUGAAUUAUUCUGUCACACUAGUUAAAAAAACGUUUCCCCACGCAAAAAAUCAGUUCAAUCCAUUCUAAUGUAAUUACAUUCUAUUCACACAGAGGCUUGCAUCCUAAGACAGAUUCUGUAUUUUGUUUCGAAGGAAGUGGAAGCCUGAAGACUGUGCAUGGAAAUAUGGAAAAUAAACAAUAAACAAUAAAAAUAAUAUAGUUUCCACAUUUUAAAAUGUAGAAUAAAUGAGAGUAAUAUCUCUGGGGUAAUGUCGAAAUGCAUUUCAACGUACUGUACAAAGAUAAUGACCAAACAACGAAAAAAUGGUAAUUUAAAGAAAAUAAGAUUAAAAAAUGUGAAAAAUAUUAUAAAGGCUUAAUACUCAUUGUAUUAAGGGAAAUAGCCGAUAUUGAGGUACGUAAAAGGUAAAGAAUGAUUGUUGACGACAGAGGAAGUCCACUGUUGUUCAACUCUCUUUUACGACGCCACUUCCGCCGCACGGUGUAAACAUGGCAGCGGCCAGUAGCAGUCCUCCUGCUGCUGCUCUGACAAAAAGUGAACCUCAGAUUGGAGGAGAGCACGGUUUGGAGCUCGCCUUUGGUUUCGAGGGAGCGCCACUGAAGCGGGAACCCACCGUGACGCUGCUGACGCCAGUUAGCGGAGCUCAGCCUCUCCGCUGGUCUGAGGACCACCGGCUCUCCGUCAACACCUGCGGUUCUCUGGCUGUAAUGGAGCUGCUGUGUGAUGUUAAAAACAAGAAGCCGGAGUUGACGUUACACCGGAGCUCCGUCUCGGUGCCCGCGCAGCCCUACAGACUCAGGAUGGGAACCGCAGCAGAAGAAGCCAAAGUGACUGAGGAGUGUUCUACUCACCCAGAUCCGACCGUUCGGCAGCUUUUUCUGGCUGACAAAAUAAUGAACCCAUCAAUUCCAGCCUACAAGGGAAUAAAAUACGCCAGCUGGUCUCCGUUAGGUUGCGACAACAACGGGCGCUGUUUGCUCGCUUGUUUAACACUUGACCACAGACUAACUAUUCACAACAGCCUCAAGUGUCUGGAGUGGAGUACGCUCAUCGACCUCUCCGAUGAGUACAGCGAGAGGGUGAAGGUCCAGAACUACACCAGCACAGACAGCACCGAGCCGUCAGCAGACCUGCUGGACUUUACAGAGCUGCAACGACGUCGGAGCAUGCUGACGCCUCUGAGGAUGGAAUGGUCCAGUGUUUACACCGUCAAACAAGUGCUGCCUGACAACACGUGUAAAGACGUGGAGAUGGUCCUCCUGGCUGUCCUGAUGGAAAACGGCCACUUGGUUUUGUGGAAGUUAGAGUUGCCGUUCGUAAAUGGAGAUGAUGUUGUGUUUUAUGACAUGAUCGAGUCAGGUGUGACUAGUCCAAGUGACUUGGCGUGGUGGGAGCACAAAAGUGCAGAACGCCAGAUGAGCGGUCUCAUCGUCGGCAGCCAUAGCGGACCAAUCAAAAUCCUGCCAGUUACCCUGACAGGGGUCAAAGGUUACUUCACCCUGCGACACCCCGUCAUCCUCUGGCAAGAAUGCGAUGAGAUCACUGUGGAAAACAUCAAAUGCAUCCCAAUUUUCCAUCCCAUCCUUAAAUCCAGCUGCAGCCUCAUCAUCGCCUCACGGGGCUGUUACGUCUUCUGGUGUUUGCUGGUCAUUUCACCUGCUGGACUCAACGUGCACAACUCUCAUGUGACAGGCCUUCACUCGCUCCCCAUCAUCUCGUUAGCCGUCAGUCAAAACGGAUUGGCAGUUUACACAUGCUCCCUAGACGGAUGGAUCAAAAAGCUGACGCUAAGCUUCACUGAGAAGUCACUGCUUUUCAAACAAGAGGACUUGGACCAGAUUGAGAACCUAACAGGCCGAAGGCUACACGGCAUGGCGAUCAGCACCAACGCAGCGUACAUGGCCAUCGUCAGCACCCAAGGUAUGAGCGACAAUCUCCCACCUGUUGCCAGAACCUACCGGGUACACUUUGUGGCCCUGAAAACACCAGAGAGAGCUGCGGCGCUGCUGCUCAGGUCGCCCACACAGAACUUGUACAGAUUGAGCGACCUGCUGGACAUCGUCAGGUGUCUGGUGAUUAAGAACAAACAGAUUCCCUCAUCGCUGGAGGUGGCGCUAGAUCGCUUGAUGCAGGAAAGUGACUCCCUCUAUCUGUGGCGCUUCAAGCUGUUUCUGGUUCGUGUGCUCCACACGUCCUUUCAGGCGCCGCUGACGAACCAUCGCUGGAAACCCAAUUUGGAGGGGAAUCUGAAGGGGGACGUGAUGGACGUGGUGGACGAGGAGGAAGACGAUGGUGACAAAACCAGGCAGGAGAACAGCCAGUCAGAAGUCCAGCAACAGAAUGAUGGUAACAAGGUGGUGCAGAUGUCAGAGACACAGACAGAGCAGAUUCAGAAAUCCAUGGAGAAGAUUCAGAAUCACCUGGUGAGAGAAAACAUGAAAAAGGUCCUGGGUGUGGUCUACCUCAACACCUGGAUCACUCCUCAGAUCAGCGUGCCCACCUGUGGGCUGAUGGACUAUCUGACCACAGACAACUGUGACAGAGAUGCAGAGGUCCUGAUUGGUCACGUCAGGAAGAAGAUGAACAAGCAGGUCUUCCAGGAACACUGCAGCCUGUGUCAGGACGUUCUCCCCUUCACUGACCACAAACAGACCGUCUGUCCCAGAGGUCACAUGUGGCUCAGGUGUGUUUUGACGUACCAGGCCUGCCAGGCGCUGACAUUCAGACGCUGCCUCCUGCUGGACAGCAUCUCCAGGCUGCCAGAUCCUGAGGGUACCGCACAGACACACACACACACACACACACACACUCCGUCAGCUUUGGUUUUAAACCUCCCAUUUUCACCUGAUUUCAGGACAAGACAGAAAUUUAAGGAGUGUAAAAGAUGAAGGAUGAUUUAGAUGAUUGGGUUUUUUUAAAGUGGCUGUCCAAUAUGUGCUCUCCGUCUCACAUGGACUAGUACUGAACCUUUACCAUCGGACACCUUGAAGAAUCUAAACCUGAAUCUGUCCUUGUUUGACUUCUGGACAAACCUCUGUCUCCGUCCUUUUUAGUUGUUUUAUGGCAGGUUUAGAUUUUUCAAAUCAAAAGUGAUUGAGCAUGGAGUUCUGUUCGGGUUGACCUUUGACCUGUCAUCCAACAUUUUGGUUCAACUAAUGUUGGUGAUAAACGAUGUUUGUUAGGAAAAUAAAUGUUGACC